AUGAACCCAGUAAUACCAAUUAUUAAACAAAAUGUAAAGCGCUUAAUGUUCAUGUUUCCAGCGCAUGCUUUUGUUUUUAUAUUAUCAUGGCUUGGUACCGGACCUAGUUCUAUCUCACUUUUACCGUUUAUAAAUUUACCAAUAAUAUAUAUAUUAGUUCGAAAAAGUCCUACAUUCAUAAAUAUACCUUUAUUUACAGCACUUACUUUAGGUGCGGCCCUAUCUCACAAUGAACCCUCCACUUCCCCAAUGGAAAGCUACUUUGAUGACUUUUCGAUAUUAAUAAUUGUAGGAAUAUCAAUUUCAAUCAUUACUUUAGCACCAAUGAUCAUUACCAAAUUCACGAUGAUAAAAGUUAAUGAAAAAUUCGAAAAUUUUACUCAUAAUCUUAAUUCGAGAAUGAUUUUUCCAAUCAUCUGGACUGUAAUGUGGUCGUUAUUUCGACGUUAUUCACCGUUAGGUUCAUGGGGAGAUUGGACUUAUACUAUCUAUAAUUCAGGACUCGCAGGUGAUCCUCUAAUGCAACUAACAUCAUUUGGCGGGCUUAGUGCUAUAAAUUUUAUAUUAGCAUUAUGGACACAAAUUAUCGCGGAUUUUUUUAUUUUAAAUCAUAGAAUAAAUAGAGCGACACGAACUGUAAUAAUUAAUGAGGAGACACCCUUACUUUCUGAGAUAGAACAACCUCAACCACCAAAUAAUAUCAAGGUUUAUAAAGAAGAUUUAUCAGUUAAUUAUUAUUUGCGUGUUAUAAUAAUUGUGGCGGUUUUAUCUUGUUUUUUCAUAGGUGGAGAAAGGGUAAAAAAUAUAGAGAAUAAUGUAAAUCCUAUACCAUAUGAAAGAGUCGGUUGUAUAUUACCAAGCCAUAAUACUAGUGCCCACGAAUUGUUACAGAAAACCUCGACCAUCUCAUCUAAUCUGCAAGCAAAGAUUGUUUUAUGGAGUGAGUCUGCAUUGGCUUUAAGAAAUGAUGAUGAACUUAAUGAAUUAUUAGAAGGAGCUUUUAGCAUUACAUCGAAAUAUAAAUUUUAUUUGGGAUUAACAUAUACAAUCCCAACCGGAGAAAAUGGACAUAAAAAAAAAAAUAUGUUAAGGUUUGUCGGGCCGAACAAACAAACAUUAUUUGAGUACCAAAAAACUCAUCCUGUUCCUUGGGUUGAAUCCUAUUCCACAGAAAGUGGUCCGGGUAAAUUAAAAGUAAUCGACGCAGAAAUAGAAACAAAAAGUAAAAAAGAAUUACAUGAAAUGAAAAUUAGUGGAGCUAUAUGUCUAGAUAUGGAUUUCCCUGAGUUACUUGGACAAGCUGCAGGCGCAAAUUUGGUUUUGUCUCCGGCACAAACCUGGUCGGCACAAGUUGGACUACAACAUCUAAGAAUGUCGUCAGUUCGGGCGAUAGAAAACGGAUAUUGGAUUUUAAGAUGCGAUGGAGGCGGUGCCUCAGGCCUUAUAGAUCCUUAUGGACGCGUUCGGCACAUGCAAAUAACUUCGAGCGAUCAUGUUAGCAUAUUCGCGUGGGAUAUGCCUUUCGAAGAUAAAAUCGAUACGUACUAUUCUCAUUAUGGGGAAUCUACGGUGUGGGGAGUUCUAAUGAUUUUAGGAUUGUUAGAAUUAUCUUGGUACUUUGCUUGGAAAGUGGCCGAAGAAGAUAUGGCUACCUUAACAGAUUCGACAAAAGAAUUUCUUCUUAAAAGACAAGAAUGGGCAGAGGAAAAGUGUCGUUUCGUUGAAUAUAUGCCAGCAGCUAUUAAUGCUCUUGCAUUUACACCAAGUACUACUAAACCGUUGAUCGCAUGUGGUCGAGCUAAUGGGGAUAUCGAAAUAUGGAAUCCACUUAACUUGCACCUGGAAAAGAGAAUAUUAGGUGAACUAAAUACUUCCGUGGAAGCAAUUACAUGGGUACAUAAAAUAACUUUAACGGAAACGGAUAAGAUAACCUAUAAUACACAAGCUAAACAAGAUAAAGCUUUAAAAGAGUUAACCAGUAAACCACCAAGAUUAUUUUCUGGUAGUGCUAAUGGUUUGAUAACGGAAUGGGACACGAUAAAAUUAAGUUCUAAGAAAUUCAUUGAUUCACAUGGGGGAGCUAUUUGGUGUAUGGCUGUUAAUCACGCGAAUACAUUAAUUGCUGUUGGAUGUGAUGAUGGAGGUAUACGGAUAUUUGAGAUUAUCGAUGAUGGACUAUCUUUAAUUAAUAGUUAUGAUAGAAAGCAAGCAAAAGUAACGUCUUUAGCUUGGGAUAAGGAAGACAAACAUAUUGUUUUUGGGACUUCUGAUAGUAAUAUAAUAAAAUGGAAUGUUGAACAAGGUCGAGUAAUACAUAGGAUAAUCGUAGAAAAAAAAUUACAGAAAGAAACUAUUAUAUGGGCAAUUCAAGUGCUCAAGGAUGGCACUAUAGUAAGUGGUGACUCACUCGGUCACGUGUGUUUUUGGGAAGGAACAUUUGGGACUAUGAAACAAAAACUUGGAGCUCAUGACGCUGAUGUUUUGUGUUUGGCUUCGAAUCUUAAUGGUACAGCGAUUUAUUCUUCUGGGAUAGAUCGUAAAUGUUUUGUAUAUCGGAUUGUGUCUCAACCAAAAUCAUAUAGUAAAGAUAAUUCAGUACCAAAUGAAAAACAUUGGGUAAAAGUGGGUUAUAGUCGUCAUCAUAUGCAUGAUGUGAAAGCUCUUGCGAUAUGUGAAGGACGAGAUGUAAAUUCUUUAAUUUCUGGUGGUAUUGAUACAACUAUUGUUGUCGCGCCAAUUUUAAAUUUUCCUAAAAAUAAAUAUCAUAGGUUACCUUUUGUUCCAUUGAAACUUAUGAUCACAAAGUUACCAAGGUUGUAUCAAUUCGAACAAAAGGUUCCUCGUUUGGAGUUAGUAGAACCUCAACAAGCUAUUUUAGAAAUAACAUUAAAGGGCAAUCAUCAAUUGAUGGUAGGAUCGAUAUCCGAAAACGGGGAAUGGAUAGCAGUUUCUGACAUUGAACGUAUCAAAUUAUUCAAAGUUCUUGAAGACGCAAGUCAUUUAAGGGUACGUAAAAUAAAAGAUUUUCCACAAGUAACUAUAGACGGACGAAACGUUGGAGCUAAUUUGUUAGGGUUUACUCCAGACGGAAGUAAACUUGUAGUAGCUUUUAUGAAUUCAGAGAUAGUAAUAUUUGGACUUGAUAUUGAAGAAGGAGGUGACGUUGAUGUCACAGUUUUAGAACGAUUUGAUGAAUAUUCACAAAAUCCCGACUGUGAACCAUUGACGACCUUGACUAUAAGUGAUGAUGGUAAAUGGUUAGCAACCGGGGACCUUUUGAAUCGGAUUAGUGUGUACAAUUUGGAAACUUUUGAGCAUCAUAUGAAUAUCGAUAAAUUUUCUUCAAUUCACACAUCAUUAACUUUUCAUCCAUAUAAACCGAUACUUGUGAUAACUUUAACGUCAAAUCAAUUUUACCUUUUUGAUUUGCAAAGAAAGAAAUUAACUGAAUGGUCACAACAAUAUUCAGAAGUGCUUCCACGAGAUUUUCUUAACCUUAAAGAUAAGGUUAUGGGAUGUUCAUUUAAUCCUUCUUCUGAUAGUAUGAUCAUAUGGGGAGCAAAUUAUUUAUGCUUAGUAGAUUUUAAUAAAUGUAAAAUAGAAGAUAUCGAAGAAUUAAUUUGUAUUAGGUGUUCAGGAUGGCAAUCUAAACCAAAAUUUUUGAAUAAACCUAUGCAAUUGGAGCAAUCAGACGAAAGACGACAAGAGGAGAAAAUAGAUGCGAAUACGAUAAAUUUUCAAUUAGUUACUAGGUAUCAAACAUUAAUGUAUUUAAAUUUUAUAGAACAUAAUCAAUUAGUUAUAGUAGAAAGAUCCUUUACUUCUAUUUUAGAAAAUUUACCACCAUCAUUUUAUAAAGCAAAAUAUGGUACAUAA